AUGUCGGCACAGGGGGAGAGACUGCAAGUAUCAGCAGCCUAUAGAGUCGGAGGUCAGAAGGAUUUAUCUCGCCGAGUUGAGGUCUUGGGGUAUAAGUUCUGCCAUGAGGCUGAACCGCAAACACGUUCGUCAGAUCUGAGGGAGCUUGGGGAAACAGUCAACGAAGACAGAAGUGUUGAUGAACUCGCUACACAUGCUUUCUCUGAGACAUCCCUUGGCCAUAUUUAUUUCGGGGCAAGCUCAAAUUACGCCAUGUUCAGACACGUCUCAAACGCAUUCGCUGAAAGCGCUCUCUUACACCUCACAUUGAGCAAUCAAGCACAAACUGCUGUUCAUAGCCGCAACAUAUCAAAACAAGGUAUGAGACCAACUAGUGGGAGAGCAUCAAUGGUGAAGCAGCUCUCAAUAUCUCUGGAGGAUAUACACGCUCUUCCGUCUAGAGAUGAGGCACUGUAUCUUAUUAGUCGCUUUUCCACUACAAUCAGUGUGGUCCUUCCAUAUGUCGACUACGAGACAGUGUUGGACUCCUAUGAGAAGGCUCACCUCGAAAGACCACCCAGGUUUCAAAGGGGUUUAUUGGCUCUUUUGAAUAUGGUUUGGGCACAUGCAUCUGCAUCCUUACAGCUUCCGGAAGCAGAAGUAUUCUAUAGUCAUUUCCAGGUAUUACUGUUGAAGUCCAUCUACGAGCAGAAUCAUCAAAGAUCUACUUUAAGUUAUACAACCCAUACAAACUGUGUAAGAACCUCAUUGCAGAUGGGCUUUCAUUGUGCCUCUGCCCGGGAUGCUCGUGAUCAUACACCUGAAAAGCUACAUCAAAAGAUAUGGAUGGGUGUUCUGAACAAUGACAGGUAUGUUCAGGCCACUUAUCGUCCUUUCAGAAUAUCGGAAGAUAUGAUUGCCCUCACACUUUUGGGUGCCAUGUUCAGCAAGGUAGUAGUAACCUGGCUUUUAUCAGGAUCAUCUAACACACUCCUGGCCGACAUAAUCGAAACACUGUACGAUCAGAAUUUGGAGUCGGGUCAAUCUCUCGAUGUACAAGCCAUCAUCAACAAACAUGAACUCUUACACUUCAGGCUCGAACAAUGGGCUGACAGCCUUCCCGAUCGCAUUGCCUUGCUCCCGAGUGAAGAGUUACUAAAGCUGUCAGCGUUGCCAGAUACUCGCUGGGCCGUACGAACACUUCUAUGCAUACAAUACCAUAGACUGAAAUUGAUCAUGAACUUCCCUCUAAUGAUGAAAUUCUUGAAAUCUGACUCAAUGAAGCCAACGGGAGAGCAUAUCAGGGAAUAUAUCCAGCGCAUUCGGUCCCAAAUCCUCCAGGAUGACUGGUUCGCAAUACAAGAAUUGAGGUGUUUGAUAUCGCACAUUUCCACACUCCAGGGGUUCAUGGACUUGUAUGCAUCGUGGUAUACAUGCAACUAUACAAUCUUCACAGCUAUCCUCCACUGCCUAGCACUAUUCCUCGUUCGCCAACAUUAUCCUUCAAAUUCCGAGCCGAAUCCACCCCAGAUACGCCAAGAAAUAGAAUCCUGCCUUCACAUCAUGAGGAUUAACAGCAGAGGAAGCAUCGUGAACCAGAAGGCGGACUACUGUAUUCAAAGACUACUUGUGGUGUUUGAUGCGCUUGACAACGACCCUCAGGAGGGUACAAGCAACCCGCUAGACACAUUGACUACCGAUUUUGUUUUCCAGCAUAUCAAGCUCCCAACAGAGGAAUUCCUAAACCAGUGUAGUCGGCACGAAGAGUCAGAGCAGGCUCAAUUGUUUUUAGAUAUCUUUUCAAGCAUCCCAAUUUGCGAAUGA